AAAUAGGCCGGCGCGUGUCUCUUCGUGGGCACAUCGAGAUGGAGACAACGGUGUUCUUCUGUUUCAUCUUUUCUCUGGCGGUCCUGGCCGUCGCCGGAGGGCUGGCACAGGGCGAGCACGAGGACCCGUGCCAGCCCAGUUUUCUGGCACACGAAAUCCGGUUCCAUUGUGAGAAAGGUGCUCCCAGCGCCAGGUGCUGCCGAAGCGUCGUUGCGGCCGUGGACAUCGCUGGCGCCGGCACAGACACUUGUUUGUGUCGUGUGGCCGGUGAGUCCGGGCUCACCACCGACGACCUGCUAGCCAUGUUUGCCUUGUGUGGAGCGCUGAGCCGUGACGGGGCUCGGCUUAACGACGCGUGUGGAGCACACUCACCGCCAGCGCCGAAGACGGAGGUCAUAUCCGCCUUGCACCAACAGGCGGAGCUCGCUACCGCCGUCGGCAACACCCCCAAGGCGACACCAUGUGAUGCGGACAGGUUGGCGUACGAGUUGUCUGCUCAUUGUUCUGAUGUCGGAAAAAAUACUGGAAGGUGCUGCGCAGCCGUCGUGGCAAGCGUGGACAUCAAUAACAGUGCAGAAACCCCUUGUCUCUGCCUUGUGGCGGACAAGUGGAGUUUCCUCAGCACCGGCCUCAGUCUCACCAACAUCUUGGAUCUGUACGGCAACUGUGGAGGCCGUCAAGGAGUCCGCGACGGAGCCCGGCGACGUUUCCUCGAGACGUGUGAAUGGUGAUCUUGAUCAAUGUCGACCCUGAGAAUAAUGACGAUACUGUCAAGUUGGGGCUAUCCCAUUAUUAGUUUGUUUAGCAAAGAUGCGACAUAGUUACUAUGUAAUAUCUCCCGCGUGGGAGUGGGAGUCGCUACUGAACACUGUUUUGGUAACCGAACGAAAUUUCGCGAUCUCGCCCGG